UUGCGCUCAUCAUAAUCAUCAUCAGUCGUGGCUUUAGUGUUGCGCAGCACAGUGUGUUUUUUAAUAUCAAUUUUUAUAUAAAUAUUCUCCUCUAUUUUGAUCUCACUUCUCGUGAAUACUCGUGAACCAUCAACCAGGCGCCAAGUAAUAAUUUUAUGACGAAUGUUGUUGUUGCUGUGCGGUUAUUUCGCGUUGUCGUUAACAACUGCAAUUAUAUUUAUUCACUGAGUAUGUACACAUAGUUGUCGUUUUGAUAACAACUAAAAAAAUAUUUAUAUUAUUUAUAAAUAAUUGAAUUAAGUCAUGCUGCUGCUGAUGACAGAUAAACAUCAAAACAUGCCACUUGUUGGAAAAGAAAAACGAUAUACUGGACAACUGGAUCAACAAGAAAUUAUAAUAAUUUUAAAAUAGAAUUGAAAUAAUUUGAUGAAAAUGAUGACUGCGAUGGCAAGAUUACCAUGUAAAUCAUCAGUAUCAAAUACUCAACAAAAUCAACAACAACAGCUAUUAUUAGAACAACAAUUGGAUCAACAAUAUUUAAGAAAAACAAAUAAUUUUUUGAUCAACGUUAAUAGUAACAAAAAUUACUGGGACAUGCAACCAACAAGAAAUACUUCAGCACCACCAUCCUACACAAGAAGUCAACAUCGAGAUCACACUGGUAAAAGAAAAAGUGCAGUUGAAUUAUUACAAGAAUCAAAAGCAUUUUAUGUUAAAAGUGAAAUUGUAUUGGAUAGAAAACAAGAAUUAAAAAAUAGUGGGCAUUUACAAGUUGCACCAUCAUUAACAACAACAGCAACAACCACAACAACAUGUACAUCAUCAAGAUUAUUAAGAAAAACAAAAAAUCCAAUAAAAUUAUGUGGUGUUGGUGGUGGUGGUGGUGGUGUACAACAAUCAUGCACAUCACCACACUUGAUGAAUUCUGGUAAUGAAUGUUGUUGGAUUAAUUGUCAAGAUAGAAAUGAAUUAAUAUUAAGUCCACAACGUACACUGCCACCAACACUGCCACCAAAGAGUCCAAGAUUAAUAUCAGUACCUCAUAGAAGAACAAUAUCUGGAUCAUUAAAUAAUAAUACUGGAAAUGAUCAAUUACAAACAAAAUUACGUAGAUUAUUAAAUGCUGAUAGUAAAGAAAAUGUUUAUUUUCCGGAUACAAGUGGUUCAUUAACUCCAACAAAUUUAACAGGAAGAGAUGAUAAUUUUAGAUUUCCUCCAAGUGGAAUAACUCGAGAUGACGAACGUUUAAUGUCUGGUCAUAUAACAUCACCAAUACCACAGCCAGAUAUUCGUUUUAAAUUUGGAAGAAGUAAUUCACAUUCUCAUACAUCUGGUAAAAAUAAUAGAACAACAAUUAGUUCACCACCACCAAUUGACACAACAAUUUGUCAUAAAUCAUUACCAGAUUUACAUACAAGUGCUAGACGUCGUGCUUCUUUAUCACCAAGAGCAUCAACAAAACAAACAAUACCACCACCACCACCACGUUAUUAUCAACAAACAAAUAAUUGUCCAGAUUGUGAAACAAGUUCUGAUUAUUCUGAUAAAAGUUUUAAACGUGAUUCUGUUUGUUAUCGAAGUUCAAGAAAUAUGAGAUCAUCCUUGGGUUCAGGUGGAGGUGGUGAUGCAAGCUCUGUUCUUUCAUCUGGUGGACGAACACAAAAAUCAUCUGGUUCAAGUAAAAUAAGUCAUGGUGCUACAGCUAGAGAUUCAGGUGGAUCAUCUGGACAUUGUACACACCGAAGUGAUCCACCACCACGACUUCAAGAUUGUUGGAGUCAUAUUAGACGUGACAGUGGUGCCUCAACUCAGCAUUCAACUGAAAAAGAUAGAUCUAGAAAAGGCAGUGGAUAUGCUAGUGGUGGUACACCACCAUCAGUCUUAAGAAAUUUUAGUCCUGAUUCUGGUGAUAGUAAUAGUCAGACUGAUUACAGUCCCACACAAAAUUCAAGACUAACAGAUGGCUGGAAAGAAGAUCGAAGUCGACCAAUUUUACGAUCAAAGUCAGAUAUAAGUGAUCGUUAUUGGCGUCAUGAUGUAAAUUCAAGAAAUAAAAAAAAUCCACCAAAACCACCAAGAUCAUUAUCUGAUCUUGAAAUAUUUUUUGAUUGUCUUGGUCUUGAUAAUGAUAAAUAUCAACGUAUUACAUUACCAACAUCAAAUUCAUCAUCACCAGUAUUUUUUGAUAGUGUUAGUUCAAUUGAUUCAGCACUUGGUCUUCAUCAAUGGACUGGAAAUAAUCAACAAUCAAAUAGUAAUAAUUUUAAUGUUGCUAAUGAAACAACUAGUCAGCGUGUCAACGAUCCACCAAGUAUCGUAGAAAGAAACGCACGAAUUAUCAAAUGGUUGUGUCAAUGUCGAAAAGUACAAUUUGAAUACAAUUAAAUUGUUUUUUUUUCCUUCAAAUAUUAUAAAUUAAAAUUAACAUUUCUUUCAGUACUUAUUUUGUGCCAUUUUAUUGAAAUUUUAAUGAAUUUUUUUUUUAACUAUUCGUUGUAAAAUAAAUGACAAAAAAAAUUUAAUAUUAUUUUCAUUAUUUAUAUCUUGUUAAAUAUAUUUUAAUAGAUUAAAUUUUGUUUUUUUUUUUUAAUUUAAACGUUAAAUUUAUUUAUUAAAUUAAUGCGUCGCCAAAUUGUUGAGAAAAAAAAAUUAAAGCUAAAAGUUAAAAACCCAUUUGUUGAGUGAUAAAAAUUAAUAGUAUGUUAAUUAAAAUUUUAUCAGUGAUAAUUAUUAAAAGGAUAAAUUUUUUUUUUUCUUUAAUUCAAUAAAUUUAAAUGUCUGUUUAGGGAUUGUUAUUAUAUUUCCGAGUGGUCUUAUUUAGUAAUUUAAAAAAAAAAAAAAACAAAUAGAAUACAAUAAAAAAAAAAAUUACGAUGCCUUUGUAAAUGAGAAAAAUUAAUUAUUGUUAGUGUCUAGCAUGGUUUUUCUCUUGGACAAUUAGUACUUAAGAUACUUGAAAAAAAAUUUUGAAAAUAAUAUCUGCUAGACGAUAAAAAAAAAAAUUAAUUAAUUAAAUUAAAUAUUUUGUUGGAUAAAUUGGUUAUAGUUGAAAAAUUUUUAAGAAAAAAAAUAGAAUUUUAAAAUGGUUGUUUUGAAAUUUGUCUUUAAUUAAUGAUAGAGGAAAUUUAUUUUAAAAAAAUUUAUGUUUACACUAUGUACACAUCAAACCAAAAAAAAAAAAAAGAAAAAACACAAAGCGAAUUAAUUAAUUAAAAAUCAAAGAAAUAUUUGCUUGCUUAUUUUAAAGAAAAAAAAUAAUAAAAUGCACGAUAAUUUAAUAAAACAAUAAUAGCACAAAUUCAAUUUAUAUGAAAAAUAUUUUUUCUAUCAUAUAUGAAUUUAAGAAUUGUGUGUUUUACAAAUUAUUAUAUUAUGUGUUGAAUAAUUAUUAUGGAAAAAAAUUAUCGACAACGAAUAAUGGUUGGAUAUAUUUAUAAGUUGUUAGAUUAAAAAAGAAAAAAACAAAUUGAAAAUAUGCAUGUGCUACACUUGAAAGAUAAUCCAAAUAUAAUUUCUAUAGUCUUGUAUUUUUCGGUAGUUCAAACAUGAUAAAUUUAAAAUAAAUAAAAAUAAAAAAAUAUAACUUGAUAAAGCUUUUUUUAAACUCCAUCUAAAUAAAAUAAUUAUCUAAAAAAUACACUGACCAAAGAUAAUGUCGAAUAAUCAAAUAAUC